AAGCUGUUUGUCCUGUCCCUGUUAUUACUGUGGUACAGGAAGGGAUGUUCAUUCCCCCUCAGCUUGGGCUGGGGAGCUGCUCCCAACUCAUCUGUGGCUGUAGGAAGCAACCUUUAAAGCUUGGGAGCCCUGGAGUCUGAGAUGCAGAUCCUGGCUGUGCUGCUUCACUCCCUGGCCUGUGUGGGUUCAGUUUGUGUUUGUUGUGUGUGUUUUCUAAUUAUUUCUCAUUCUUCAAGGUCUUUCUCCUAUGUUUACUCCCAUCCCUAGAUCUACUGCAUGUGGUGUGUUACACUGCAGCAACACAGAAUCCUGUCACUGCCUGCUCCCUUGAAAGGUGCCUGGAUGCAUUGAACUUCCCAGCUGAAUUAUUUUGUGUCCUCUUCCAGCAGGAGACAAGAUGUCGGCUGCUAGAGGACAGUAAAACCAUCUCAGAUGCAGGCUAUCAUUUUCUGCUUGUCUUCAAUUAAACUGAUUACCAGCCCUCUUUGUUGUUCCCAGCUCAGGCCAUUGCAGUUGCUGCCAGCGUGUAUUUUGGCAGCAGCGGGCACUGGGAUUUCCUGCAUUGUUGGAGUCUUUGCCAUUGACCUUCGUGGUCCUCAUUCUGGCACCGCCUCUGCUCUGGCAGGGGUGCAAAGGGCAUUAUUCAAACCCUGAAAGAAAAGAGAGAGAAUUGCUUUAAAGGCAUUGAGGGCUCUUUGUGCUCAGUGGCUCUGUAGGGUCAUUGCUGAAAAAAGAGGGGAAUUACUGGGGUUGUCAGGAUAAUUACUGCUUCUUUAUUGUUCCCAUCCCAAUCUAGAUGACAGUGGUGAGAUUUAUAGUGAGUCAUAAAAAUAUGCCAUCAGAGCUGUGUUAGGUGGUGUCCCUUUUGGAUGAAGAGGGGAGAAACCUGGGUUUGGUUCCUUUUGGGAAUUCUCACAGGUGCUGGUAUGCCCUGGGUCUUUCCCAGCUCUAUACUGGGAGGUUGUGGAGGCUCUGCUGGAGAGCUCAGUGGCAUUGUGCUGGAGCCCUGUUGCAGCCUGUGCUGUGGGUGCUGGUUUUGAGAUCCCCCUCUCCAUGCUGCUGGAAAUGGGCACUCCAGGGACACACCAGCUACCUGCCCCAGCACAGCAGAAGUUACAUAACUCACCUGCCACUGUCCCCAUCACUGUGGCCAUGGCUGCUCCAUGCCAGUGAAUCAUCUGCUCAGCUGUGCCUGGAGCCUUGUACCUUGAACCCGCUCAUGCCUGGUGCAGUAAAAGGGCAAUGCUCAGCUCGGGGCAGAGGCUGAAAGCACCACUUGAUGUGUUGUUCCCCUUUCCAUCAGGAGCCUUCCUACCCAUCAGGUGCCUGCUGUUGGUCUGGGAACAACCAGCCUCCUGUAGGUGUCCCUGGUGUGGCUGCUGGACUGAUGAGAAGGGCAGAUGAAAUCCUUGAAGUAAGAUCUUUGGAAUAAGGUGCAACUUCUGCAUUAUUGAUUGUUUUGCAUGGUAUUGUGCAGGUUGAAUUAAAUUAUUUACAAAAUAUCUAUAAUUUAUCUAUUAAAAUAUUCUACAUCAGGUACAGGAGUGAGAUCCUGUGCUUGAUAUAGAACAAAUGCCAGAGUGCUCGGGCUGGAGCGAGUGCUUCUGAGUCCAGCAGGCUCUGAGGUUAAAGGGUUGACAGUGCCAGGCUGACCUGCUGAUUCUGUGCUCAGGACAGCCUUGCCAUGGAGCUGUCCCCCUGUGAUUUGUGUCCAGAAGAGAAGAGGCCUCUACAGUGGGACAGGGACAGCCUGGGGAGCCACAGCUGCCCGAAGGGGCUGAGCCUCUCAGGGUGACUCAGCUUGUGUUUCACAGAACUGUAAAUGAGCUUGGGUAGAAAUGUGAGACACAGUGAACCCUGUUGCUGUUGGAGUUGAAAUCCCAGGCUCUCUGCACUGUGUUGGUGCUGACUUUAAGCUCUUUUCUGCUGGGGAAGUAAAUGGCUGCAGUGGACAACCCAGACAUGUGACUGCUGGGGCACAGUCAUGGAAAAUUGGCUUGGUUGUCGUGGUUAUUUGUUCUGAUAUGACUUUUAAUAACACUGUCAAGCAGCUUUUUCCAAGCCUACUGGAAUGUGUUAUUCUUUAUUUCUUCCCUUGUGGUAUUUUUUUAAAGAAGCACUAUCAGAGAAUCUGUAUAAAACACGGAUUUUGUUGAGGGUAAUGACUUAGCUCCUCUAACUGACUAGGGCUCUUUCCCCCACCUUUUCAUAACAAAUUAUCACAGAACCCCUCUGUAGUUGUAGCCCAAGGUUAUGAUUUGUAGCAGGAGAAGCUAAAAUAGCAGUUGUUAGCUGUUCCAGUCUGAUUAAACCAAAUUUGCCUGAUUUUAGUCUCAACUUCUGCCUUGUUUUUUCUCUGAGGAGGGAAGUCAUCACUCUUGCUUUCUGCAGGGCUGGGUUGCUGAACUUACCCAGUGGUUUCUCAUGUAAGAAGGUGUUGAAUAGCUUUGGUUUGCUCCUAUACAGAACAUGCUGGUGUUUCCUUCUCUCUCUCCUGGGGAAGCUCAAGUGCACUUUGCAGUAGAGAACAGACUUAUGUUGGGAUGUAAAGGUCACAAGUGUUUCCUUUCACCUCUCCAGCUGGGAGUCAGGCUGACAUACACAGGAGGUGGCAAGAAGUCUUUGUAACAAAAGAAGCUUUUUUUGAGGGAGACCUGCAGAUCAGUCAGUCCUUUCUGCGUGGGGUCUAUAGCCUUCUUUGUCCAGCUCUAGCAGAAUUGGUUUCCUCCUCUGGAGAAGAAUUGGUGCUGUUCCUGCAUUCCACAGACUCUCUCCAUUGCUCUGUGUGGGAGACCUCCGGCACCAGCAGUGUGUUGUAUCCAGCUCUGUGACAAUACCGUGGUUUGCUCACCGCCCAUUAAAUGUUUCCAGUGUGAAUAUCAGGUGAAGGACGAGAAGAGUGUCUGAAUACAGAUGAAUGAGCUGUGAUGGAUAACAAGGACUCAGAAGCUGAGAUCCACCCUCUGAAGACUGAGGAUGUAAAAGCUCAGGAGAACCAUGAACAUUUUGUGGAGAGAAGGAUUGUCAAAUCCUCAGGGCUGUCCCGGCUGUCCCGGUGGCGCACUGCUGCCUUCUUCAUCUCCCUGUUCCUCUGCCUGAUCAUUGUGUUUGCUUUCUCCUUCAUCAUUCCCUGCCCAGAGAGGCCAGUUUCAGAAAGAACAUGGUUCCAAUACUACAACAAUGCAGUGCCCUACCCAUUCCUUGCUAUAGAAGAUGUGAAUGAAGACAGAGUACAAGAUGUACUCUUUGCUUUUCAAUCCAGCAAUGGCAGCAACAGCUUCAACAUGUCCUGUCAGGAUGGAGGGCUGCCGUCUCCCUGUGCCUUCGUGUCUGCCGUGUCUGGCACGAACGGCAGCGUGCUCUGGGAGAGCCCUGCAGCACAGGACGUGCAGUGGCUGCAGUGUGGCGUCCUUCUGCUGGGCACAGCAACAACUGGCACAGCAGUAACCCCGGGCUGCUUCGUGGUGGAGAAGUCACUGUCCCUUACAGCACUCGACCUACGGACAGGGCAAGUUCUGUGGAGGCGAUCCCAUGACUUUGGAGCUAAUUAUACUUUGCUGACUCCUUUGUCAGUGGUUCCAGAUCUGGAUGAAGAUGGAAUUCAGGACCUGAUAAUGUUUAUCGCUACAGAAGGCCAGGUUAAGUUCUUCAUCCAUUCAGCAAAAACUGGCCAGCGGAUUGGCUCCACUGGUACCUUGAGCGUGGAUGGCAACGCUCGCUACGUCACACUGGACCUGCGCUCCUCCUCCUACUUCCUUUUCUACACAGAGAAGUCUCUCUAUGCAUAUUCCCUGAAAGAUCUGGGCAGUGCAGUAGUUGAGACGGAAAUGAAUCUUUCCGACUUCCAGCCAGAUUCUCACUGGGAGAAGCACAUCGAUGAUGCCACGCACCGCUUAGAGCUUCUGUCCCUUCUCAGGUUUGGAGACAUUCACUACCUGGCAAGAGUACCUGGGCACUCACGAGACCACAUCUUGGUUGUGAACUCAGAGAUGGCUACACUGAUCAACACAAAAGAUCUCCACACUAUGUGGACCCUCAAUGUGUCCCAUCUUUUGAGUGAUCCGCUGCUUGGUUACUACAAGCCUGAUGACCAUGGUAUUAUCCUGGAGAGUGAAAUUGGACCCAACAGGAAGCAGAUCCUGAUUGUUCAGAGUGAAUCUGGAGCAGUCCAGUGGGAGCUGAAGCUGAACUCAAGGGCAGGGAGCCCUGGCCCAGCCACACUUCCAACUGCGGAUCACCGCUCUGCCUUCCUCAUGUGGGGAGACUACCAGGAGCUGGGCAAUGAGACAAGACACACAGCUCCUCUCCAGAAGCUGUACCUUUUCCAUCCUUCCUACACUCAUGUCCUGUUGGAGCUCCGCAACAGCACAGACCAAAUCGUUGCGUUCACUGCAGCGCUGUUUGAGCGGAGCCGUCACGCCUGCUAUGUGCUGCUGCGGGGCCCCCAGCCCAGUGAGGGGCCAGGCCCCGUGUCCCUGAUGAAGAGGAAGCUGAAGGAGGAUAUCUCAGUGAGCAAGGUGAUCUGGCUGCGCCACAUGGCCGGGGAUGACGAGCAGCACAUCCGGGACCGCCUGCACAGGAUGCGAUUCCAGAGCCGAGACUGAGCUUGCCGAGGAGCGGGGAGAGGCUGCCUCUGCUCUGCAGCGGUGCUCUCAACAAGCCCAGAGCCUGGAUUCCAGUGGGAAGUUGCCUUUCUUGAUCUGCAAACCAAAAAGUGGCUGGCAGGGAAGCACCCCCAGUGUCCAGGGACACCCAGGCUGUGGGGACAGCUGCCAGAGUGUGCGUCCUCACAGCUGAUGGGACUUCAGUGCUUGGCCACCACUGAAGUGUCAUCAGCUCAGGGAGGAGGCUUUCCCUCCAUCCCUGUGUGCCUGAAGAACUGUGCUGACUCAGGAGUGUGUCUGGAGGAAAACUUGUACUUGCUGAGAUGCCAGAGUUGAUGAUUUCUGGGAUGUCUGAGAAGUGGAGUUGGAUGUCUGAGAAGUGGAAUUCUCUGUGUGGUAUUAGAUUUCCUUUCUGAGUCAGCUCUCCUGGCUGGGAAGAGGUGCUUGGCUGCAGGUUGAUUUGCAAUUACCCUCUCCUGGAAUUGGGCCCUGCUUCAGUAGUGGUGGGGGUGUGUGGUGACCCCAGCCAUGGCUGUGGUGUGUCUGGUGUCACUUGGCCCAGCAAAGCACAGGUUAAAGUGUUGUUCUGCUUAGCAAAUGGCCUUUUCUUCCCAGAACAGCCCCACAUAUCCUACUCUGCAGUCACCAGCCUACCUGUAUCUGGGUCCUCUGCUGCUUCCUUCCCAGCCAGGCUGUGCAGUGUUGGUGACACUAAGAGGGAGCUGGUCUCCCCCCUGAUGGAUGCAUCAAUGUUCCUCCCUUCCCUCAGUCUGCUCACCUGGUGAGAUCCACCCUAAGCCCAGGCUGGCUGGUCUCUGGAGGUACCACCACCACCUCUCCAGGUUUAAGGAACCUGAGGAUCUGGCUUGGGUAGAAUUGCACUUUAACCUUUUCUGAGAGCUGGGAGUGCUGCUCUGGGAAGCCCUGUACCCAGUGGCAGUGCCAGCACCCUGCUCAUUCAGCCUUGCAGCUGCUGAGGAGCCUUCUCCAAACACUGUCCCUGCUGCCAGGAGGUGGGCAGGAGCUCUGUGCCGCCUCCCUGCCCUUGGAAUUGAAGUGAUGUUGGGUGAGGAUCCUUGAUCACUUUUCUCUCUGCCCAGCCUGGUAUCCUGAGAGGAUGGGACAAGUUGCUGUCCAGGUUUCUCCUGGAGAUUCAUGUAGCACCAUAAGGUGUUUGCUCUGCCUGAUGGGUGCCAGUGAAGGCUGUAGAAACAAGGUGCAGAGCCUUGAAAACGGUUUGACCCAGCUGCUCAGUCCUGAAAAUAAAAAUAGCCUAAAAAUAACCUCUCAAGCUCUGCAGUGCUGGAGGGGGUUUGGCCAGUGCCUCCCUCCCUUGCUGAGUCUGACACUGGGGGAUGUGUAGAAACACUGUAGGAUGGGAAUGUGCAGCAUCAGGCAUCAGCUCUUCCCUUCAGCCUCUGCUGAUCCCAAAUGUGCCACUGGGCAGUUGCUGUCACCAGCUCACACCACAGCCCCACCCCUCCCAGGCUGUCAGCACAGGGAGCUGGGCUGCCUGGACACCUCCUGCUUCCAGCUGACCAGUGGCUGCCUAAAGGGUGCCCUAUGACCCUCUGCCCCAUGACCCAUAUCCUGGGCAGUCAAGGGAGCCAGUCCUGGGGUGUCCUGGCUGGGCAGGAAGCCAGGGAUGCUCUCUGCUGAGUGCUCCACAACCUUCAAAGCACCCUGGGCUCAAAAUGGUAAGGCAGCCUCUCUGCCUCUCUUCCCAGCUUUUCUGAGGGAGUCAAGGAGUGCAGGAAGGCUCCCCAGCUGUGUCUCCCCCCUUGGGUUUCCUCUUUUUUCAGCACCUUAGGCCUGACAGCCCCCCAGGUCCCUGUGCCAGUGUUGUAGCUGUAAGAGGGCUGGAUUGAGGCUGCCCUUCAGCCAGCUGGGGCAGGGCCCAGGGCAGGGGACCCCCGGGAUGCACUGUAGUCCAGCCUGAGUGCUGGAUGUAUAUUAUUUCCUGCUGAGAUUCCCCUGGCUGGGAGCAAGGUGCCUGGGCUGUAUUCUCACUGCACUCUCCCUCCUCAGAUCCCUACCCAGACCUGAUCUUCCCUUCAGGCAAACUGAAUGUUCCUUGAGGAGAGCUGGAUUUUGAGCUUUGGGGGGCUUUUCUGGCUUUAAGUUGUCCAGUAAUGUUUCCAGACGGUUCAGAAAUGCAGAUUUUGCCCAUGGCAGCUCAAUUAAACGCAUCAAUGCCAAACCAGCACCUUCUUAACAAAACCAGUCUGUUUUCCAGCUUAUUUCCUGUGUAAUUGUUUUUUUGCAGUAUUUAAUGAAUGAUUUUGUGCCUUGAUUCAAUAACUCAGCUGGGUGGCAAUGGCUAUAUCACUGUGUUAUGUGUUAGUGUGGUUUUUAACACUGAGACUGUUUGGUUUGGUUCUUUAACUUAUUGCAAAUUGUGCCGUACAGGACUUGCUCUGACCGGAAUGGUUUCAAUAAACCCUCUUUUGCAUUGUUUGUAAA